AUGUCUUCUGGCCUUUGCUCUCUCAGCCUCACUCUUAAUUUAAGCUUUCUCCUGGGCUCCGUCUUAGGCUUGAGCUUAGGGCUCGAGUUCAUGGGACUUCCCAACCAGUGGGCUCGCUACCUGCGCUGGGAUGCCAGUACCCGCAGUGACCUCAGCUUCCAGCUCAGGACCAACGUUUCCACCGGCCUUCUGCUCUACUUCGAUGAUGGUGGCAUCUGUGACUUCCUCUGCCUCUCUCUGGCAGAUGGCAGAGUUCAGUUGCAGUUCAGUAUUGAUUGUGCUGAAACCACAGUUCUAAGUGAUAAAAAGGUGAACGAUGGCGGCUGGCACUUUGUAAUGGUCAGUCGAAAUCGGCUAAGGACCACAAUGGUUCUAGAUGGAGAGGCUAUACCUGCAGAGGUUCGGCCACAGAGGCAGAACAUGAAUAUUGUUAGUGACCUCUUUGUAGCCGGCGUGCCAGGGGAUAUACGUUCCGAUGCUCUCACACACAGUAUGGUCAGGGACAUACCCAUGUUCUCUGGAUAUUUACAGGACCUUAAGUAUGGCAACUCUGAGCCCAGGCUGCUUGGGAGUCACCGAGUGCGCUUCGAUCUGGAGGGGCUGUGUACCGAUAAUCCUUGUGAGAAUGGAGGAGCUUGUCUUUUGCUGGACGGAGAGCCCACCUGUGACUGUACAGCGACUGGCUAUGUGGGCAAGUUCUGCUCUGAAGAUGUCAAUGACAUUCCAGGACUGGCCAAUCUCAUGGUUGAUGACCAAGGACAAUCACAAGCGAGAGAGGAGAACGUGGCCACGUUCCGCGGCUCUGAGUAUUUAUGUUACGACCUGUCCCAGAAUCCAAUCCAGAGCAGCAGUGAUGAAAUUACCUUGUCCUUCAAAACCCGCCAGAGAAAUGGGCUCAUCCUGCAUACCGGCAAGUCUGCAGACUACGUCAACCUGGCGCUGAAGGGUGGAGCCGUCUCGCUGGUCAUCAAUCUGGGCUCCGGUGCCUUUGAGGCCAUUGUGGAGCCGGCCAACGAUAAGUUCAACGAUAACGAGUGGCAUGACGUGAAGGUGACUCGGAACCUGCGCCAGGUGACGAUAUCAGUGGACGGGAUCCUGACUACAACCGGCUACACCCAGGAGGACUACACCAUGCUGGGCUCAGAUGACUUCUUCUAUGUCGGGGGGAGCCCCAGUACUGCCGACUUACCGGGGUCCCCUGUCAGUAACAACUUCAUGGGUUGCUUGAAGGAGGUUGUCUAUAAGAACAACGAUAUCCGCCUGGAGCUUUCCCGCCAGGCCAGGAUUGGAGACACAAAAAUGAAGAUCUACGGAGAUGUGGUCUUCAAGUGUGAGAACGUGGCCACUCUGGACCCCAUCAGCUUUGAGAGCCCGGAAGCCUUCAUCAGCCUGCCCAAGUGGAACACUAAGCGAAUGGGCUCCAUAUCUUUUGAUUUCCGCACCACAGAACCCAACGGCCUCAUCCUUUUCACACAUGGGAAGCCACAGGACAGGAAGGACAUCCGCAGUCAGAAGAAUACCAAGGUGGACUUCUUUGCUGUUGAGUUGUUGGAUGGCCAUCUUUAUCUCCUGCUAGACAUGGGCUCAGGGACAAUAAAGGUGAAAGCCACCAGCAAGAAGGCCAACGAUGGCGAGUGGUAUCAUGUGGACAUCCAGCGGGACGGUCGGUCAGGCACCAUCUCUGUUAAUAGCAAGCGCACCCCAUUCACUGCCAGUGGUGAGAGUGAGAUUCUGGACUUAGAAGGGGAGAUGUAUUUGGGGGGUCUUCCUGAGAGCCGGGCGGGGCUGAUCUUACCCACUGAGCUGUGGACGGCUAUGCUGAACUACGGUUAUGUUGGCUGUAUCCGUGACCUGUUCAUUGACGGGCGUAGUAAGAACAUCCGGCAGCUGGCGGAGGCCCAGAACGCGGCUGGCGUGAAGUCGUCCUGCUCUCGGAUGAGCGGCAAACAGUGCGAUAGUUACCCCUGCAAGAACAAUGCGGCCUGUAGGGAUGGCUGGAACCGCUUCGUGUGCGAUUGUACAGGCACCGGACACUGGGGAAGGACCUGUGACCGAGAGGCCUCCAUCCUGAGCUAUGACGGCAGCAUGUACAUGAAGAUCGUCAUGCCAGUCGUUAUGCACACAGAAGCCGAGGAUGUUUCAUUUCGCUUCAAGUCUCAGCGAGCCUACGGGCUGCUGGUGGCCACCACGUCCAGAGACUCUGCGGACACUCUGCGGCUGGAGUUGGACGGAGGCAAAGUAAAACUGACUGUCAACCUAGACUGUAUCAGGAUAAACUGUAACUCCAGUAAGGGGCCUGAGACACUUUAUGCGGGGCAGAAGCUGAAUGAUAAUGAGUGGCACACUGUCAGAGUGGUCCGACGUGGCAAGACCCUUAAACUUACCGUGGAUGAUGAUGUGGCAGAAGGUACCAUGGCAGGUGAUCACACCCGCUUAGAAUUCCACAACAUUGAGACGGGCUCCAUGACUGAGAAACGGUUUGCCUCUGCCGUGCCCUCUAAGUUCAUUGGGCACCUCCAGAGCCUCAUGUUCAAUGGCAUGCUCUACAUUGACCUCUGCAAGAACGGAGACAUUGACUACUGUGAGCUGAAGGCACGGUUUGGCAUUCGACCCAUCAUAGCCGAUCCUGUCACGUUUCGGACCAAGGCCAGCUAUCUGACCCUAUCCACCCUGCAGGCCUACACCUCCAUGCAUCUCUUCUUCCAGUUCAAGACCAUCUCAUCUGAUGGCUUCAUUCUUUUCAACAGUGGAGAUGGCAACGACUUCAUCGCGGUGGAGCUUGUCAAGGGGUACAUUCACUAUGUGAUUGAUCUUGGGAAUGGGGCGAACAUCAUCAAAGGAAAUAGUGACCGACCCCUGAACGAUAACCAGUGGCAUCACGUGGUUAUCACUCGAGACAACAGCAAUACCCACACCCUGAAGGUGGACGCCAAGGCCGUAACACAGGUCAUCAGUGGAGCGAAGAACCUCGAUCUGAAAGGUGACCUGUACAUUGCCGGCUUGAAUCAGGUUUUGUACAGCAAUCUACCUAAACUUGUGGCCUCCAGAGAUGGUUUCCAGGGCUGCCUGGCCUCAGUGGACCUCAAUGGGCGACUCCCUGACCUGAUCAACGAUGCCUUGCACAGCAGCGGGCAAAUUGAGCGUGGAUGUGAAGGUCCAACAACCACCUGUCAGGAAGAAUCCUGUGUUAACCAGGGCGUGUGCAUGCAGCAAUGGGAGGGCUUCACCUGCGACUGCUCCAUGACGUCCUACUCGGGGCCACAGUGCAAUGACCCUGGUGCAACAUACAUAUUUGCGAAGGGCGGAGGCCUCAUCUUGUACACGUGGCCUCAUAACGACCGGCCGAGCACCCGCACUGACCGGCUGGCCGUGGGCUUCAGUACUUAUAUCAAAGACGGAAUCCUGGUGCGGAUUGACAGCGCGGCUGGACUAAUGGAUUUUCUGCAGCUGCACAUUGAGCAGGGAAAGGUUGGAGUGACCUUUAACAUUGGGUUAGUGGACAUCUCAAUACGUGAAGACAGUACUCCUGUGAAUGACGGCGCGUACCAUGUGGUGAAGUACACGCGGAAUGGAGGGAAUGCAACUCUGCAAGUGGAUAACUGGCCCAUCAAUGAAUACUACCCAGGAGGCAAUACUGAGCUACUCCAAAAACCGAAACUGUCCUAUAAAUUGCCUCGGAACCCAGAUGACGGCCAACCAGACAAAGGGCUCAGUAUCUCAGGAAUGGAAGAUGGCACAAGACUUCUGAAUCCUGAGUUCAAGAGAGUGGGAACUGGCGUUACAAAAGGACGGCCCCUGACCAUCUUCAAUACCCAGGCGCAGAUAGCCAUUGGUGGAAAGGACAGGGGGAGGCCAUUCCAAGGGCAGCUGUCUGGUAUCUACUAUAAUGGCCUGAAGGUUCUUCAUAUGGCUGCUGAGCACAACCCUCACAUCAACAUUAGUGGAAGUGUGAGGCUGGUGGGCGAAGUCCCCUCAAUCCUUGGGACAACACCGACCACUUCCAUGCCUCCUGAGUUCUCUACAACCAUCAUGGAGACCACCACAACCUUGUCGACUACUACAACCAGAAAGAACCGCUCUUCUCCAGGAUCUAUGCCUACAGAUGACCUCAUUCAGACGUCGGCAGAGUGCUACAACGGCAGUGAUGAUGAAGAUGCGGCAGAAUGUGAAACUGGCACAGGUACGUCAGGAGGUGAAUUAGUUAUACCUGUCCUAGUAGAGGAUCCCUUAGAUACCCCUUCACUAGCUACACAUACACCCUCCAUCACUCUGUCCCCUUCCUUCCGACCACUUCUCACCAUAAUUGAGACCACCAAAGAUUCCCUGUCUGUGACCCCUGAGGCGGGGUUACCUUGCUUGUCGGACCAAGGCAGCGAUGGUUGUGAGGAUGAUGAUGGCUUGGUGAUAUCGGGGUAUGGCUCAGGGGAAACCUUUGACUCUAACCUGCCCCCUACCGAUGAUGAAGAUUUUUACACCACCCUCUCCUUGGUAACAGAUAAGAGCUUUUCCACAUCAUUCUUCGAUGGUGGCUUCCAAUCACAGGCGCCCAAAUGGGGAUCAAAGGACUUUAGACCCAACAAAGCCUUCGAACCUGGUAGGACUUCUACCACAAGUUUGCCCCCUGAGCUGAUACGCUCCACGUCUGCAUCUGGGAUGGUGCCCAUGGUGCCAGCUGGCAAAAUGAAUAACCAUGAGCUCAAACCCCAGCCCGAUAUAGUGUUGCUAUCGUUGCCCACUACCUACGAGCUAGACAGCACAAAGCUCAGGAGUCCGCUAAUAACAUCCCCCAUGUUCCGUAAUGUGCCCACAGCAAACCCCACGAUGCCGGGAAGCAGACGGGUCCCGGGGCCUUCCGAGGUGGUCCGGGAGUCCAGCAGCACGACGGGGAUGGUCGUUGGUAUUGUGGCAGCCGCUGCUCUCUGUAUCCUGAUCCUCCUGUAUGCCAUGUACAAGUACAGAAACAGGGACGAGGGUUCCUACCAGGUGGAUGAGACAAGGAAUUACAUCAGCAACUCCGCUCAGAGCAACGGGGCCCUGGUGAAGGAGAAGCAGCACAGCUCUAAGGGAGGCCACAAGAAGCAGAAAAAUAAGGACAAGGAGUAUUACGUGUAAAAUAAAAUAUUAAUAUAUGUAUUCAAAGCAAACACAGAUGUGAACUAAUGAAAAAAACUAAAACAGCAAAGGCAAAACCUACAUUGCUAUUGAUGUCUAGUAGCAUAAACACCAAGGACAGGAGCAGCAACGUCCUGAAUUCUGGAACGGCAGCUGCCUUGUGCCUGAGGCAGGUUUAUGACCAAGGGAGCUGUUAGUGCUCCAUCCAGGCUGGACACAGCUUUCUGCUCCACUGUAAUAUAAAGCACACUUACUACUCUGUUAGCCAUGAGCGGCGGACACAACAGAAAGAAGAUAUAGAAAUAUAUAUAUAUAUAUAUACACAAGUAUGAAAGUUAUGUGAACUCCAGCUGACCAGUUCUAGGGCUCUCUUCUCCAGUCGAGUGGAUCCAGGUCAGGGGAGCCCCUGGGAUCCACCACGUCACCAAUCUGAGGGAGCCUUAAAAUACUCAAGCAAAAUAACAAAAAAAGGUCAAAGACUCUGAACCGAAUAUUCUUUCUUUCUUUGUUCUUUUAUGUUUCGGGAGGUUUAUUUAUUUUCCUUGAUUUUGUUUCUGUUUGCUGCUCUCUUAUAAUGAUAUACACCACAUGGCCAGAGGUAGCCAUGUACAGCCAAGGAACUAUAGACUUCAUGUACAAUAGCAGAUGUGUGCGCCGAGUGCCUGCCUGAAUGUCUGGGUGAAGAUUGUUGCCAUAUACAGCAUCACGUGUGUUCUUUUCAUAUCAGGUUGUGGUGUCCAUAGAAAAUAUUGUUUGCAGGAUGUUUCAAUAAAGUGAUAGAAAACUAUACAGGGGAGAGGAUUGGCGAGGGCUUGGGUCUGCCGUGAGAUCUGGCCAGUGUUUGUAGACAAUGCAGAAUACCGUCACAAGGCCAAAUCUGCCUGCGAGAAAGGGGCGACGAAGCCUCCGUCCUUUUGUCCUUGCAGCCAAACAUCAACAAAUGAAAAUGAGCCAGAAAUGGGAAAAAAAAUUCAAGAAAAAAAAAUCUUCCACAAAUGAGGAAGGAUCCGAGGCUUUUUUUUUUUUGCGUUCUGGUUUUGUGACUUCCUGCAAUGCAUGCAAAAAAAAAAAAUUGAAAAAAAAACUCACAAAAAAAUGGAACUGGUUCAGGACUGUAGAUAAUGUGUUGGAUUAAACACAUGGUGAACACAAAGGUGUUGUGCUCGGCAGAAGGAGACCAGUCCCUGGACCCUGGCCAGUCUGCCUUCACUCGAGGACUGAGACGACGAGGAGUUUUCUUACAAGUAGAAUCUAUAUAUACAUAUAAUAUAAUAUGCAGAGAUAUUUAUUCAGAUGACUGCUAUUUCUUUAUUGGUACAAGAACGCUGUGUUUUAAUGGAAGAUUUUGUCAUUAACCCCCUCAGUGCCAUGCAGGUAAAGGUAUUUUCCAGUUGCCAAUUAUGGGGCAAAAAAAAUAAAAGUAAUGACCCCCCCCUAUCAAAAAUUGCUUCUCACUCAUUCACCCGCUGAGAAGCAGCAAGGAAGAGGCAGUAGCUGAUCACAAUACUAAGGUCUCAUGCACACGACCAUAUCCGUUUUGCAGUUGGGAAAUCAUGGAUCCGCUAAAUACAGAUGUGGUCUGUGUGCCAUCCUCAUUUUUCACAGAGCUAUUGACUUCAAUGGGUCUGUGGUUUUGUGGACACAUUCUAUCCUUUUUCGGAACAGACAUACGGAUGCGGAAAGCCCACAAAAAAAGCGGAUGCAACAUAGACAGUAUCCCUCUUUUGGGGAUCCACAAUUUGUGGACUGCAAAAUACAGAUGGAGGUGUGGAUGGGGCUCAGUAGCUGUGUCUGACACCUGGGUUACAGUGGUGGCUUCAGGUUCCUGCACACGAUGAAGAGAAUGUAUGACGCCCAAUGUUAAUCUAUGACCCAAAUGCACUUUAUCCACAUUGACAG